GUACAGAAUGAUGCCCUAAAGGACCCAACCAAGGAUAAUCUGCCCAGACACUCCACUCUCAGGAGCCCAGUGCCCCUCAAAGCUUGAUCCAUACCUUCCUGCCCUCCGUCUUCUGAAAAACCCCUGCAAUCAACCAGGCACCCAAGAAGGCCAAGAGAAGGGCAGCGGCAGAAGGAAGCUCCAACGUCUUCUCCAUGUUCGAUCAGACUCAGAUCCAGGAGUUCAAGGAGGCCUUCACAGUAAUUGACCAGAACCGUGAUGGCAUUAUUGACAAGGAAGACCUUCGGGACACCUUCGCAGCCAUGGGGCGUCUAAAUGUGAAGAAUGAGGAGCUAGACGCCAUGAUGAAGGAAGCCAGCGGUCCCAUCAACUUCACUGUCUUCCUGACCAUGUUUGGGGAGAAGCUCAAAGGUGCUGAUCCUGAGGAUGUGAUCACUGGAGCCUUCAAGGUUCUGGACCCAGAGGGGAAGGGUACCAUCAAGAAGCACUUCCUGGAGGAGCUGCUUACCACGCAGUGUGACCGCUUCUCCCAGGAAGAGAUCAAGAACAUGUGGGCAGCCUUCCCCCCUGACGUGGGCGGCAACGUGGACUACAAGAACAUCUGCUACGUCAUCACGCACGGCGACGCCAAGGACCAGGAGUAGGGGACCUCUUCGGUCUUUGAUGGCCAACACUUUCCUGCCAGUCCAACCCCCCUGGCUCGAUUCCUAAUAAAUUGAAUGGGUCUUGUUUCUUA